AUAAGGAAAUAGAGUCCUGCUGCAUUUACACAUUUUUAUUUGAGUUAAACCUGUAAAGGAAGGAAGCGUUGUGAAAUGAAUCUGUCAUUGAGUCUCAUUCUUUUUUGGUAAGUAUUUCUAAGGGAGACACUUUGCAAAGGGCCUCGAACUUAUUUUAAAAACAUUUUUUAAGAUUAUCAUAGUUUUGGACCACAGGACUCCAGGGCCAAUCAAACUUGCUGGUGGAGCCUCUUUUCUUCACGACGUCUAUUUUCUGUAGUUUUACGACACUGUUAUGUGACUAAGCCACAGGUCAGGCAAGUGAUAGCCGCCUGUGAAACAAAUGAAAGUAGGACUUGUGCUAUAGAGCUUCUUCUACAAUACCAAUUUCAUUACAAGAUCAUCAUAUACUGCUGCUGAGAUGGAAGAACGUUCUUCUACUUAAUCCAAUAAAGGACAUCGUGAUGAGUAAACCAAUGCAGAAGGAAAAGGACAAAGAGGAAGACAAGGCUGAACAAGAUGCUGCACCAGCUGGACAAGAACUAAUUGUUCAGCCUGACAGACGUCAUCAUGGCCUGAUCAAUCAGGGAGCCACAUGUUACCUCAACAGUGUCCUGCAGGUUCUCUUCAUGACCACUGAGUUCCACGACAGGUUGGAUCCACAAUCACAAACAGAUCUUCAGCUCAGAGAAAUCUUUGAAGACCUGAAGAAAAACACAUGCAGAACAGAAAACAUCACAACAACAUUUGGGAUUAAAAAUGUCGAUGAACAACGUGAUGCAGCUGAAUGUCUGAAGAUGAUUUUAAAUAAGGUCAGCCGACAGGCCGCAGAGGUCUUCAAGGGAGAGAUGACUCACAGAACAGAAUGCUCAGAAGGCCACAUAAAUGAAAGAACAAAACCAUUCUGGACUCACACUCUGUCACUCAGAGAUACUCCUGACACAACCUACAGUGUGGAGAGCAGCUUUAAGAGGACUUUCCAAACAAAAACAUACACAGGUGACAACAUGAUGCACUGCAACGACUGUGAACAGAAAACAGGAGCAACAAGUAGAUGUGAGAUGGUGGAAGCUCCUCAGAUCUUGAUUCUUCUCCUCAAGAGAUUUGACUUUGACCACAUCACCAGGUCACAUUUCAAAUCACACCGCUGUGUGGAAGUGCCAUGUGAAUUACAGCUGGAGGACAAGACAUACAAACUGUAUGGGAUGGUGGAUCACAUGGGCAGUAUAAGAGGUGGACAUUACACAGCCACCGUCCUGUCUGAGGACAACACCUGGUAUGAGUGUGAUGAUUCUCAUGUCAGCGAGGUUGAAGAACAGCUGUUUGCAGAGGACAGGACACUCAGCUCCAGCACUGUCUACCUCCUCAUGUACAGAGCUAUAGAGUUGAAGAUGUCCUGUGAGAUGAAACAGAAUGAUGAGAGUGAGGUACAGACUAGAAAUGACAAUGAGGUAUUAAACCAUCAGACUGAAGGAGAGGAGGAUGAUGCAGAAGAAAACUCAAACAAGUCUGAAGAGUUGAAGGAAACUAACUCAAACGACUCCUGUGAACAUCUUGAUGAUGAAGCAAAGCCAGAGAAGGAGGAACUAGGAGAACAGCUGAAAGACUCCUGUGAACAACAUCUGGAUGAAAAGUCAGAGAAGGAAGAACAAGGAGUGACUCCACCACAGAGACGUCAUCAUGGCCUGAUCAAUCAGGGAGCCACAUGUUACCUCAACAGUGUCCUGCAGGUUCUCUUCAUGACCACUGAGAUCCACCACAGGUUGGAUCCACAAACAGAUCGAGAGCUGAGACAAAUCUUUACUGACCUGAAGACAAAAACAUGUAGAACAGGAAACAUCACAAGGAGUCUGAAGAUUGAAAAUGUUCAUGAACAACGUGAUGCAGCUGAAUGUCUUCAGGAGAUUUUACAUCAUAUCAGUCCAGAGGCCUCUGAGGUUUUCCAAGGACAGAUGAGAGACACAACAAAGUGCUCCAAAGAUCACAUCAUCAAUGAAGAGACAAAUCCAUUCUGGACUCUCCCUCUGUCACUGAAAGAUACCAGUGAUACAACCUACAGUGUGGAGAGCAGCUUUAAGAGGACUUUCCAAAUGAAAACUUACUCUAGUGACAACAUGGUGUACUGCAACGACUGUAAACAGAAAACAGAAGCAACAAGUAGAUGUGAGAUGGUGGAAGCUCCUCAGAUCUUGAUUCUUCUCCUCAAGAGAUUUGACUUUGACUACAACACCAGGUCACAUUUCAAAUCAGACUGCAGUGUGGAAGUGCCAUGUGAAUUACAGCUGGAGAAGAAGACAUACAAACUGUAUGGGAUGGUGGAUCACAUGGGCAGUAUAAGAGGUGGACAUUACACAGCCACCGUCCUGUCUGAGGACAACACCUGGUAUGAGUGUGAUGAUUCUCAUGUCAGCGAGGUUGAAGAACAGCCGUUUGCAACAUCCAGGACUUACAACUCCCGAACUGUAUAUCUUCUCAUGUACAGAGCCAUGGAGUCUCCGAUGCCCGGUGAGAUCAGUGAGCAGGAUGAAUUGACACAAGAUGAAAUGAAUCAAGUAGAAAUGGACACUAACAAUGAAAAGAAGAUGAACAAAGGGCAGGAGGAUGACAAUGAGAUACAGAGAAUAACAGUUGUUCAGCCUGACAGACGUCAUCAUGGCCUGAUCAAUCAGGGAGCCACAUGUUACCUCAACAGUGUCCUGCAGGUUCUCUUCAUGACCACUGAGAUCCACCACAGGUUGGAUCCACAAUCACAAACAGAUAGUCGAUUGAGAAAAAUCUUUGAAGGCCUGAGGAAGAAAACAUGUAAAACAAAAAAAGUCACAGCAACAUUUGGGAUUAAAAAUGUUUAUGAACGCAGAGAUGCAGCUGAAUGUCUGGAGAUGAUUUUAAAUAAGGUCAGCCCACAGGCCUCUGAGUUCUUCAAGGGAGAGAUGACCCAGGUCACAAAAUGCCCAGAAGGCCACAUCAUCAACGAAAAGACAAAACCAUUCUGGACUCUCCCUCUGUCUCUGAAAGAUAAUCCUGACACAACCUACAGUGUGCAAAACAGCUUUGAACAGAAAUUCCAAACCAAAACAUACAUGGGAGAUAAUGUCUCGUACUGCAAGGAAUGUAAAAAGGAAACAGGGCCAACAAGAGAAAGUGAGACGGUGAAAGCUCCUCAGAUUCUGACUCUGCUCCUUCAGAGAAACGACACAGAGACGCUUCUUGAAUCACAUCGCUGUGUGGAUGUGUCACCUGAAUUACAUUUAAAGAACAAGACGUUCAAACUGUACGGGAUGGUGAAUCUCAUAUGCAGUCUACAGGGUGGACAACACACAGCCACCAUCCUGUCUGAUGAGGACAACACCUGGUACGAGUUUCAUGACGAACAAGUUAAAAAGGUUGAAGAACAGCCGUUUGCAACAUCCAGGACUUACAACUCCCGAACUGUAUAUCUUCUCAUGUACAGAGCCAUGGAGUCACAGAUAUCCAGUGAGAUCAGUGAGCAGGAUCAAUCAACACUGGAAGAAAAGAAUAAUGUAGAAAUGGACACUAAUGAUGAAAAGAGGAAGAACAAAGAGCAGGAGGAUGACAAUGAGAUACAGACAAAAACAGUUGUUCAGCCUGACAGACGUCAUCAUGGCCUGAUCAAUCAGGGAGCCACAUGUUACCUCAACAGUGUCCUGCAGGUUCUCUUCAUGACCACUGAGAUCCACCACAGGUUGGAUCCACAAUUACGAACAGAUCGUCGAUUGAGAAAAAUCUUUGAAGACAUGAAGACAAAAACAUGUAAAACAACAAAAAUAACAAAAGCAUUUGGGAUUGAAAAUGUUAAUGAACGCCGUGAAGCAGCUGAAUGUCUGAAGAUGAUUUUAGAUAAUGUCAGCCACCAGGCCGCUGAGGUCUUCAAGGGAGAGAUGACUCACGUAACAAAAUGCUCAGAAGGCCACAUCAUCAAUGAAGAGACAAAUCCAUUCUGGACUCUCCCUCUGUCACUGACAGAUACUCCUGACACAACCUACAGUGUGCAAAACGGCUUUGAAACGAUUUUCCACACGAAAACAUCCACAGGAGAUGACAUGGUGUACUGCAAUGAAUGUAAAACGAAAACAGAGCAAACAAGCAAAAGUGAUGUGGUAGAAGCUCCUCAGAUUCUGACUCUACUCAUCAAGAGACCUGACACAAAUUCACAUGGCAAAUCACACCGUCCUGUGGAUGUGCCACCGGAAUUACAGUUAAAGAACAAGACGUUCAAACUGUACGGGAUGGUGAAUCUCAUAGGCAGUCUACCGGGUGGACAACACACAGCCACCAUCCUGUCCAAUGAGGACAACACCUGGUAUGAAUUUCAUGACGAACAAGUUAAAAAGGUUGAAGAACAGCCGUUUGUAAAAUCCAGGAUUUACAACUCCUGGACUGUAUAUCUUCUCAUGUACAGAGCUCUGGAGUCUCAGAUGCCCGGUGAGAUCAGUGAGCAGGAUGAAUCGACACAAGAAGAAAUGAAUCAAGUAGAAAUGGACACUAACAAUGAAAAGAAGAAGAACAAAGAGCAGGAGGAUGACAAUGAGAUACAGAGAAUAACAGCCACAGAGUCUCAGAUGCCUGGUGAGACCAGUGAGCAGAAUGAAUUGACACUAGAAGAAAGACAAGUAGAACUGGACACAAGCGAUAAAAAGAAGAAAAACAAAGAGCGGGAGGAUGACAAUGAGGUACAGAGAAAAACAGUUGUUCAGCCUGACAGACGUCAUCAUGGCCUGAUUAAUCAGGUAACCACAUGUUACCUCAGCAGUGUGCUGCAAGUUCUGUCCAUGACGACUGAGUUCCACGACAGGUUGGAUCCACGAACAAUCACUGAUCAUCGAUUGAGGAAAAUUUUUGAAGACCUGAAGAAGAAAACAUGCAGAAUAGAAAACAUCACAACAGCAUUUGGGAUUGAAAAUGUGUAUGAACAACGUGAUGCAGCUGAAUGUCUGGACAUGAUUUUACAUAAUGUCAGCCAACAGGCCGCAGAGGUCUUCAAGGGAGAGAUGACUCACAUAACAAAAUGCUCAGAAGAUCACAUCAUCAAUGAAGAGACAAAUCCAUUCUGGACUCUCCCUCUGUCACUGACAGAUACUCCUGACACAACCUACAGUGUGCAAAAACACGUUGAAAGGAUUUUGCAAACCAAAACAUACAAAGGAGAUAACAUGGUGUACUGCAAUGAAUGUAACAAGAAAACAGAAGCAACAAGUAGAUGUGAGAUGGUGGAAGCUCCUCAGAUCUUGAUUCUUCUCCUCAAGAGAUUUGACUUUGACUACAACACCAGGUCACAUUUCAAAUCAGACCGCUGUGUGGAAGUGCCAUGUGAAUUACAGCUGGAGACCAAGACAUACAAACUGUAUGGGAUGGUGAAUCACAUGGGCAGUAUAAGAGGUGGACAUUACACAGCCACCGUCCUGUCUGAGGACAACACCUGGUAUGAGUGUGAUGAUUCUCAUGUCAGCGAGGUUAAAGAACAGCAGUUUGCAAAAGCCCGGACAUUCAGCUCCAGGACUGUCUAUCUCCUCAUGUACAGAGUGGCUCAGACACAGAGACGUCAUGAUGACCCAAACAAUCAGGGGGCCUCACAUUCCCUCAACAGAGACCUGAAAGCUCCAGAGAUGCAAGACAGAAUCAGAACUACAGAACGAGAUACUUCUGUAAAUGUUGGAAAACAGCUGAAAGACUCCAGUGAACAACGUGUGGGUGAAGAGACGAAGACAAAGAAGGAGAAACAAAGAGUGACUCCACCACAGAGACGUCAUCAUGGCCUGAUCAAUCAGGGAGCCACAUGUUACCUCAACAGUGUCCUGCAGGUUCUCUUCAUGACCACUGAGAUCCACCACAGGUUGGAUCCACAAAGACAAACAGAUCAACAACUGAGAGAAAUCUUUGAAGGCCUGAAGGAAAGAACAUGUGGAACACAAAACAUCACAACAACAUUUGGGAUUCAAAAUGUUUAUCAACAAUGUGAUGCAGCUGAAUGCCUGGAGAAGAUUUUACAUCAGAUCAGCACAGAGGCCUCUGAGGUUUUCCGAGGACAACUGAGAGACACAACAAAGUGCUUCAAAGAUCACAUCAUCAAUGAAGAGACAGAAACAUUCUGGACUCUCCCUCUGUCACUGAAAGAUGGUCGUUAUUCAGCCUACAGUGUGGAGAGCAGCUUUAAGAGGACUUUCCAAAUGAAAACAUACUAUAGUGACAACAUGAUGUACUGCAACGACUGUAAACAGAAAACAGGAGCAACAAGUAGAUGUGAGAUGGUGGAAGCUCCUCAGAUCUUGAUUCUUCACCUCAAGAGAUUUGACUCUGACUACAGCACCAGGUCACAUUUCAAAUCAGACCGCUGUGUGGAAGUGCCAUGUGAAUUACAGCUGGAGGACAAGACAUACAAACUGUAUGGGAUGGUGAAUCACAAAGACAGUAUAAGAGGUGGACAUUACACAGCCACCGUCCUGUCUGAGGACAACACCUGGUAUGAGUGUGAUAAUACUCGUGUCAGGGAGGUUAAAGAACAGCAGUUUGCAAAAGCCCGGACAUUCAGCUCCAGGACUGUCUAUCUCCUCAUAUACAGAGUGGCUCAGACACAGAGACGUCAUGAUGACCCAAACAAUCAGGGGGCCUCACAUUCCCUCAACAGAGACCUGAAAGCUCCAGAGAUGCAAGACAGAAUCAGAACUACAGAACGAGAUACUUCUGUAAAUGUUGGAAAACAGCUGAAAGACUCCAGUGAACAACGUGUGGGUGAAGAGACGAAGACAAAGAAGGAGAAACAAAGAGUGACUCCACCACAGAGACGUCAUCAUGGCCUGAUCAAUCAGGGAGCCACAUGUUACCUCAACAGUGUCCUGCAGGUUCUCUUCAUGACCACUGAGAUCCACCACAGGUUGGAUCCACAAAGACAAACAGAUCUACAACUGAGAGAAAUCUUUGAAGGCCUGAAGGAAGGAACAUGUGGAACACAAAACAUCACAACAACAUUUGGGAUUCAAACUGUUUAUCAACAAUGUGAUGCAGCUGAAUGCCUGGAGAAGAUUUUACAUCAGAUCAGCACAGAGGCCUCUGAGGUUUUCCGAGGACAACUGAGAGACACAACAAAGUGCUUCAAAGAUCACAUCAUCAAUGAAGAGACAAAAACAUUCUGGACUCUCCCUCUGUCACUGAAAGAUGGUCGUUAUUCAGCCUACAGUGUGGAGAGCAGCUUUGAGAGGACUUUCCAAACAAAAACUUACUCUAGUGGCAACAUGAUGUACUGCAACGACUGUGAACAGAAAACAGGAGCAACAAGUAGAUGUGAGAUGGUGGAAGCUCCUCAGAUCUUGAUUCUUCUCCUCAAGAGAUUUGACUUUGACUACAGCACCAGGUCACAUUUCAAAUCAGACCGCUGUGUGGAAGUGCCAUGUGAAUUACAGCUGGAGAAGAAGACAUACAAACUGUAUGGGAUGGUGAAUCACAUGGGCAGUAUAAGAGAUGGACAUUACACAGCCACCGUCCUGUCUGAGGACAACACCUGGUAUGAGUGUAAUGAUUCUCAUGUCAGCGAGGUUAGACACCAGCUGUUUGCAGAGGACAGGACACUCAGCUCCAGCACUGUCUACCUCCUCACGUACAGAGCUACAAAGUUGGAGAUGUCCUGUGAGAUGAGACAGAAUGAAGAGGAUGAGACAAGAAAUGAUAAUGAGGUAUUAAACCAUCUGACUGCAGGAGAGGAGGACAACACAGAAGGAAACUCAAAUGACAAGUCUGAAGGUUUGAAGUCAACAAAACCCUCUAAACGACACCUGGAUGAAGAGACAGCGACAGAGAAGGAGGAACAAAGAGUGCCUAAGAAGCCCCAUGUGAUCACUCCACCAAGUCAGACAGACGAUGCAGCUGAACGACAGGAUGAAACCAGGAAAGUGGAGGACCAGAGGAAAGCUGAGGUGGAGGACACCAGAAAAGACGUAGAAAUGGACAGUGAUGAUGAAGAGAUGAGACAGAUGGGACACAGUGAUGUUGUGACUCCACCACAGAGACGUCAUCAUGGCCUGAUCAAUCAGGGAGCCACAUGUUACCUCAACAGUGUCCUGCAGGUUCUCUUCAUGACCACUGAGAUCCACCACAGGUUGGAUCCACAAACAGAUCGAGAGCUGAGACAAAUCUUUACUGACCUGAAGACAAAAACAUGUAGAACAGGAAACAUCACAAGGAGUCUGAAGAUUGAAAAUGUUUAUGAACAACGUGAUGCAGCUGAAUGUCUUCAGAAGAUUUUACAUCAUAUCAGUCCAGAGGCCUCUGAGGUUUUCCGAGGACAACUGAUGGACACAACAAAAUGCUCCAAAGAUCACAUCAUCAAUGAAGAGACAAAAACAUUCUGGACUCUCCCUCUGUCACUGAAAGAUACCAGUGAUACAACCUACAGUGUGGAGAGCAGCUUUAAGAGGACUUUCCAAACAAAAACUUACUCUAGUGGCAACAUGAUGUACUGCAACGACUGUAAACAGAAAACAGAAGCAACAAGUAGAUGUGAGAUGGUGGAAGCUCCUCAGAUCUUGAUUCUUCUCCUCAAGAGAUUUGAGUUUGACUACAACAGCAGGUCAUAUUUCAAAUCAGACUGCUGUGUGGAAGUGCCAUGUGAAUUACAGCUGGAGACCAAGACAUACAAACUGUAUGGGAUGGUGAAUCACAUGGGCAGUAUAAGAGGUGGACAUUACACAGCCACCGUCCUGUCUGAGGACAACACCUGGUAUGAGUGUGAUGAUUCUCAUGUCAGCGAGGUUAGACACCAGCUGUCUGCAGAGGACAGGACUUUCAGCUCCAGCACUGUCUAUCUCCUCACGUACAGAGCUACAAAGGUGGAGAUGUCCUGUGAGAUGAGACAGAAUGAAGAGGAUGAGACAAGAAAUGAUAAUGAGGUAUUAAACCAUCUGACUGCAGGAGAGGAGGACAACACAGAAGGAAACUCGAAUGACAAGUCUGAAGGUUUGAAGUCAACAAAACCCUCUAAACGACACCUGGAUGAAGAGACAGCGACAGAGAAGGAGGAACAAAGAGUGCCUAAGAAGCCCCAUGUGAUCACUCCACCAAGUCAGACAGACGAUGCAGCUGAACGACAGGAUGAAACCAGGAAAGUGGAGGACCAGAGGAAAGCUGAGGUGGAAGACACCAGAAAAGACGUAGAAAUGGACAGUGAUGAUGAAGAGAUGAGACAGAUGGGACACAGUGAUGUUGUGACUCCACCACAGAGACGUCAUCAUGGCCUGAUCAAUCAGGGAGCCACAUGUUACCUCAACAGUGUCCUGCAGGUUCUCUUCAUGACCACUGAGAUCCACCACAGGUUGGAUCCACAAACAGAUCGAGAGCUGAGACAAAUCUUUACUGACCUGAAGACAAAAACAUGUAGAACAGGAAACAUCACAAGGAGUCUGAAGAUUGAAAAUGUUCAUGAACAACGUGAUGCAGCUGAAUGUCUUCAGGAGAUUUUACAUCAUAUCAGUCCAGAGGCCUCUGAGGUUUUCCAAGGACAGAUGAGAGACACAACAAAAUGCUCCAAAGAUCACAUCAUCAAUGAAGAGACAAAUCCAUUCUGGACUCUCCCUCUGUCACUGAAAGAUACCAGUGAUACAACCUACAGUGUGGAGAGCAGCUUUGAGAGGACUUUCCAAACAAAAAGUUACUCUAGUGGCAACAUGAUGUACUGCAACGACUGUAAACAGAAAACAGGAGCAACAAGUAGAUGUGAGAUGGUGGAAGCUCCUCAGAUCUUGAUUCUUCUCCUCAAGAGAUUUGACUUUGACUACAACACCAGGUCAUAUUUCAAAUCACACUGCUGUGUGGAAGUGCCAUGUGAAUUACAGCUGGAGACCAAGACAUACAAACUGUAUGGGAUGGUGGAUCACAUGGGCAGUAUAAGAGGUGGACAUUACACAGCCACCGUCCUGUCUGAGGACAACACCUGGUAUGAGUGUGAUGAUUCUCAUGUCAGCGAGGUUAGACACCAGCUGUCUGCAGAGGACAGGACUUUCAGCUCCAGGACUGUCUACCUCCUCACGUACAGAGCUACAAAGUUGGAGAUGUCCUGUGAGAUGAGACAGAAUGAAGAGGAUGAGACAAGAAAUGAUAAUGAGGUAUUAAACCAUCUGACUGCAGGAGAGGAGGACAACACAGAAGGAAACUCGAAUGACAAGUCUGAAGGUUUGAAGUCAACAAAACCCUCUAAACGACACCUAGAUGAAGAGACAGCGACAGAGAAGGAGGAACAAAGAGCGCCUAAGAAGCCCCAUGUGAUCACUCCACCAAGUCAGACAGACGAUGCAGCUGAACGACAGGAUGAAACCAGGAAAGUGGAGGACCAGAGGAAAGCUGAGGUGGAGGACACCAGAAAAGACGUAGAAAUGGACAGUGAUGAUGAAGAGACGAGACAGAUGGGACACAGUGAUGUUGUGACUCCACCACAGAGACGUCAUCAUGGCCUGAUCAAUCAGGGAGCCACAUGUUACCUCAACAGUGUCCUGCAGGUUCUCUUCAUGACCACUGAGAUCCACCACAGGUUGGAUCCACAAACAGAUCGAGAGCUGAGACAAAUCUUUACUGACCUGAAGACAAAAACAUGUAGAACAGGAAACAUCACAAGGAGUCUGAAGAUUGAAAAUGUUCAUGAACAACGUGAUGCAGCUGAAUGUCUUCAGAAGAUUUUACAUCAUAUCAGUCCAGAGGCCUCUGAGGUUUUCCGAGGACAGAUGAGAGACACAACAAAAUGCUCCAAAGAUCACAUCAUCAAUGAAGAGACAAAUCCAUUCUGGACUCUCCCUCUGUCACUGAAAGACACCAGUGAUACAACCUACAGUGUGGAGAGCAGCUUUAAGAGGACUUUCCAAACAAAAACUUACUCUAGUGGCAACAUGAUGUACUGCAACGACUGUAAACAGAAAACAGGAGCAACAAGUAGAUGUGAGAUGGUGGAAGCUCCUCAGAUCUUGAUUCUUCUCCUCAAGAGAUUUGACUUUGACUACAACACCAGGUCACAUUUCAAAUCAGACUGCUGUGUGGAAGUGCCAUGUGAAUUACAGCUGGAGACCAAGACAUACAAACUGUAUGGGAUGGUGGAUCACAUGGGCAGUAUAAGAGGUGGACAUUACACAGCCACCGUCCUGUCUGAGGACAACACCUGGUAUGAGUGUAAUGAUUCUCAUGUCAGCGAGGUUAGACACCAGCUGUUUGCAGAGGACAGGACUUUCAGCUCCAGCACUGUCUACCUCCUCACGUACAGAGCUACAAAGUUGGAGAUGUCCUGUGAGAUGAGACAGAAUGAAGAGGAUGAGACAAGAAAUGAUAAUGAGGUAUUAAACCAUCUGACUGCAGGAGAGGAGGACAACACAGAAGGAAACUCGAAUGACAAGUCUGAAGGUUUGAAGUCAACAAAACCCUCCAAACGACACCUGGAUGAAGAGACAGCGACAGAGAAGGAGGAACAAAGAGCACCUAAGAAGCCCCAUGUGAUCACUCCACCAAGUCAGACAGACGAUGCAGCUGAACGACAGGAUGAAACCAGGAAAGUGGAGGACCAGAGGAAAGCUGAGGUGGAAGACACCAGAAAAGACGUAGAAAUGGACAGUGAUGAUGAAGAGAUGAGACAGAUGGGACACAGUGAUGUUGCUGCUGAGUCACUUCUGUCAAGUGAGACCAACGAGCUGGAUGAUCAGGGACGAGACGAUGUGGAACCAAAGAGAAGUUCAGUAGAGAGCGAUGGUGAUGAUGGAAAUAAGGGACAAAUAAGACAGAAAGACACAGAUGAGGGUCAGGAGACAAGUGAUGAGGCUUUAAACAGUCAGACUGGAGGAGAGGAGGGUACUGAAGGAACUGGACAGAGUGUUUUGGAUGAUAAAGUUGGAUCCCAGACUGAGCCUGUCGAGUCUGAUGAGGUGCCGAAAAGUGAAGCAGAUGAUGCUUCUGUAAAUGCUGACCAACAUCUGGAUGAAGGAAGAGAUGAUAGGAGCACAAAUAUUUCUUUCUGGAGAAGAAUGUUAAAUUUUUUGCGUCGUCCUUUUUGUAUAUGUUCAAACUCUGUUGAAGCCACUUCAGAAGAUCCGACAAAGGAGGAGAAGAAGAAGAAGAAGAAGAAGACGAAGAAGACGAAGAAGACGAAGAAGACGAAGAAUGGAAGAUGUUGAUCCUGAACUUAAAGACACUCGCUUCACAUUGUUCAACAGAUUACACAGAGAUGAUGUGUGUAACCUUCAAGGUUCAUCUCAACAUUGUCUUUAAAAUCUCCUUUUUAAAUGACUUUUCCAUGAUUUUAUGUUGUAACGCUGUCUUCGCUGGCGCUAUGUUAAUAAAGUCAUUAUUAAUUAUCAUUAGAUUAGAGUCUUUUUUUGGCAGAUCUAUAGAUUUUUUUUUUUUAUCCACAAUGAAUUCCUCAGACUUUCAGACAUGUGUAUCACGUCUAUGUGUCCUGACUAGAAGACACAUUUUCAUAAUCACGACAAACAGGAGUUUAACUGAUUUUUAAAGUAGGAUCACCUCAAUUCUCACUAUGAGUUUAUGUGUUUCACCGGCAACCUGAAGCUCCAUCUGUGGACGGUGUUGUGAACAGGACAAAUCAGCUGUAAUCUGUAUGUGUUCAUAAACCCACCAAUGGUAUCGACAACGCUCCUCAUCACAUGAUCAAGAUUACAAUUAAGGCAAUAAACAUGUGGGAUGGUACAAUUUUGUUGAGUCAUAUUUAUUCACUCGAUGAUUCCCAUUGUCUUCCACUUGUUAAACCAGAUGAGAUGAAUGUGACUGACCAUCAUGCGACACAAUAAAAGUACGUAUUAAUUUGU